UUACUCAUAAUUGAGGUGUGUACAUUAGUUUUUUCUUUUUCUUCGUAGUAGAUUCCGCAUCGGAAUCUCUCUACUACGAAGAUUCCGCAUCAAUUCAGAACGUACUUAUGCCUUCGAUCGCGUCGGUGCGAUAUAAACGUCGUUCGUGUUUACGCCGCGUCGUAUUUUUGUCUCCCGCGUAAAAACAUAGUGAUCAAAGAGGUUAAGAACACAGUUUUGUUGUCUUUGGACACACGCCAUUCAUUAUCAUCGUCCCGUCCUCGUGAUCAAAAUCGCGUGAUUAUGGCGACAAUAGAAGUUACAUUUCCAUCGGACGAACCACCCGGGAAAAUAUUGAAAUGGAGAGUACGCUCGGACACGAUGGUCGCGGUCGGUAGAGUGUUGCUUCUAUAUAAAAACGAUAGUGAGGACGGUGGCAAAGAGCCAGAGAAAAAGUUGCGUGCAACAAAUUUCGGCCGCGUCAAGCAACUCCUGGUGAAGAACGGUGACAUCGUCCAACCAGGGCAAGUGAUAGCUCUGUUGGAAGGAUGUACACAUCCUACUGUAAUGAUAGACUUGUGUGCGGAAUGUGGAGCAGAUCUGAGAGUACAGAAUGAGAAAGGUGGAGGUACGGCUGGAGUAUCGCAGGCCAGUGUAGCUAUGGUACAUAGCAUUCCUGAACUGAAAGUAUGUCCGGAAUUAGCUGAAAAAAUUGGAAAGGAGGACAAGGAGCGACUUUUGAAAGACAGAAAAUUAGUACUACUCGUAGAUCUUGAUCAAACAAUAGUACAUACCACAAAUGACAAUGUUCCAUCUAAUAUAAAAAACGUCUUUCAUUUUCAAUUAUACGGACCAAACUCUCCAUGGUAUCAUACCAGAUUACGACCAAACACUCGACAUUUUUUGUCGGAAAUGAGCCAGUUGUACGAGUUGCAUAUCUGUACUUUUGGAGCAAGAAUUUAUGCACAUACUGUUGCAUCAUUGCUGGAUAAGGAUGGAGUUUUGUUCUCUCAUAGGAUACUAUCAAGAGAUGAAUGUUUUGAUCCGGCAUCAAAAACUGCAAAUCUCAAAGCUUUGUUUCCAUGUGGUGAUGACUUGGUGUGUAUCAUUGACGACAGAGAAGACGUGUGGCAAGGAUGUGGAAAUCUAGUUCAGGUCAAACCUUAUCAUUUUUUCCGUCAUACUGGCGAUAUUAACGCGCCACCGGGAUUGGAUAAAAAUAAUGCAUUGCGCUUGCCUGAACUUGUGGUAAAUAUAGACGGAUCAGUUUCAACUGAUUCGCAAGACAAGAAAGACAACAAGAAUGAUGGGUCUGCAUCGUCCAGUGAAACCAGCCAAUCGUCGUCUGAUGGUUCUUUAACGAAAGCAACAAAUCGUGAAGAAAAAGAGCGAGAUAAAGAAGAUGAAACAAAAGAAAAAGAAACCGAGAACGAAGAGAGCAAAGAAAAAAACACUGAAGAUAAUGCAGAGUCUAAAGAAACCACAGAUUCUAAAGAAGAUACAGAUUCUAAGGAAAGUACGGACUUUAAAGAAAAUAUAGAUUCGAAGGAAAAUAUAGAUUCAAAGGAAAAUACAGAUUCUAAGGAAAGUACAGACUUGAAAGAAAAUAUAGAUUUGAAGGAAAAUACAGAUACUAAAGAAAAUACAGAUUCUAAGGAAAGUACAGACUUGAAAGAAAAUAUAGAUUCGAAGGAAAAUACAGAUACUAAAGAAAAUACAGAUUUAAAAGAAAAUAUAGAUUCCAAUGAGACUGUAGAUUCUGUGCCAUCUGAUAUUGCAAAUGAAGAUGAGGACAAGAAAGCUACACAAUCUGUAGAAGCGGAAAAAGAAAAUAAAUCACAAUUACUGAAGGAAGAGAAUAAAAUAACGGACGAAGAUGCCGAUGAUUAUUUAUUAUACCUGGAAGAUAUUCUUCGAAGAAUUCAUACAGAAUUCUACGCCACGUUAGAUCAAGGAAAUGGUCACAAAUCUUUGCGGGAUAUAAUCCCGCGAGUGCGUUCUCAAGUAUUGAAAGGAUUGGUCUUAACUUUUAGCGGUUUAAUACCCACUCAUCAGAAACUUCAUCAGAGUCGCGCGUACAAGGUUGCGAGAGCGUUUGGAGCGGAAGUAACACAAGAUUUAACCGAAAAAACCACACAUUUGGUUGCUAUUAGGAAAGGCACGGCAAAAGCAAACGCGGCUAAAAAAAAUGCUAACAUAAAAAUUGUAAAUCCAGAUUGGUUGUGGUCGUGCGCGGAACGCUGGGAACACGUUGACGAACGUUUGUUUCCUCUUACGUCACAGGCGCGCGGAUCGAGAAUACCACCGCCACAUUGUAGCAGUCCUGAACACGUUGAAGAGAUGGAAAGCGAUAAUAUAAGAUCCUUUGCUAACUCAAUCAAUCCGUUAAUGUCAUUCAGUCAAGAAGAGAUCGAAUUUAUGGACAAGGAAGUAGACGAGGAUAUGGAUGAACAAGAUAUAUUUUUUGAAGAUGCGGACGAUACGGAAGAGUGCGACACGAAAAUAUGUCGAAGUUCUAGCUCUGAGGAUUCGAUGAAUGGUGAAUCGAGGCCACCAAGAAGAAAGAAGAGAAAGAUUUGCAACGGCAAUUCUAAUGAAAAAUUUGACGAAGAUAAUUAUGACGAAAGCGACGAAGAUAAUAAUCUUGACAGUGAGAAGGAUGAUAAUCUUGACAGUGAGAAGGAUGAUAAUCGUGACAGUGACGAUGAUAUCGCUGCUCGUUUUAGAAGAGGAGAAAUUUUACCCGAUUACUUAGAUCUGGGUGAUAAUUCGCAGGAUUCAAUAGACGAAAUCGAGGACGGAGAUGAUGAUCGAGAAUGGAACGCGUUGGGUGCUGCGCUCGAGAGAGAAUUUCUUUCUGAAUAAAAACUACGUUAAUUAUUAAUAUGUGAAUAUUUUGGUUUCUUGUUUAUUCAGAAAGUUUGUUUGUGUGCC